CUUUAUGGGGCUGGGGGCGUGGCUUGUUUAUGAGAAGAUGGCAGCUGCCAUGGCACAUGGAAUGUGUUCUGCCACAUGGCGCCUAGGGCAUCAUCUGCCAGGGCUGAGAGGGGGCAUGGCAGGGCUGUUGAUGGCUAGGGGCUGUUUUUCCCGCUCUGGGGUAGUUGCCAGUAGACCUGUCUCCACCCCUGGUGUGGGAGUCAGAGGUUACUUAAAUGUCCCUGGUAGAGAGAUACCAAGGAGUCACCUUUAUCUGCAGAGAUCAGAAAGUAGGGCACCCCUAGCGCCCUAUUCACCCCAAACAUGGCGGCGUGGCUACAGAACAGGGUGGUGGCAAGAGUCAGGAGUCAGUGGCAGGAGGAGUUGGGGUAUAAUGGUUAUUUUAGGGGGUGCACUGGGAGUGUUACAGACUUUGAAGUAUUCCCUGGGGGAGGAGAGGGCUGAAGAAGACCUUCAGGUAACCGAUGGGAACCUUCAGCUCACACUGUACCAAUAUAAGACCUGCCCCUUCUGCAGCAAAGUACGGGCAUUCCUUGAUUAUUACCAAGUGCCGCAUGAGAUUGUGGAGGUUAAUCCUGUUCUGAGACGAGAGAUCAAGUUCUCCAGUUACAGAAAGGUUCCGAUUCUCUUAGUGAAUGCUGGAUCUCCCAUACAACUCAAUGACUCCUCCGUUAUCAUUAGUGUGAUGAAAACAUUCCUCGUCUCCAAGAUGAAAAGUCUGGAGGAACUUGUAUCAUAUUAUCCAUCAAUGAAAGCUACAGAUGACAGGGGCAAGGAGGUGAUUCAAUACAACAAUAAGUAUUGGCUGAUGCUGGAUGAGAGGGAAACUGGGCGGGUUUAUCCUUCUAAAGAAUCCCAGGUUGAAGAAAUGAAAUGGCGCCGGUGGACAGAUGACUGGCUUGUACAUCUGAUCUCUCCAAAUGUGUACCGCACACCGCGAGAGGCACUCUCUUCUUUUGAUUACAUUGUGCGUGAGGGAAACUUUGGCACUAUUGAAGGGCUGUUUGCCAAAUAUAUAGGUGCUGCGGCUAUGUUUGUUAUUGGGAAAAGACUGAAGAGCAGGCACCACUUGGAGGAUGACGUUCGACAAGAUCUGUACAAAGCCGCCAAUGACUGGGUAGCGGCAAUAGGAAAAAACAGGCCAUUCUUGGGAGGAUCUGAGCCAAACCUGGCAGACCUGGCGGUUUAUGGUGUCCUGCGCGUCAUGGAGGGUUUAGAGUCUUUCAACGAUAUGAUGUCAAACACCAAGAUCAAGCCCUGGUACCAGCGAAUGACUUCUGCUGUUAAUCAUUGCUGAUCUAUGGUUCUGGAGAAGAUAAUGACAUGUAUCUACAUACCUCCCUAGGUUUCCUGGACUUGGAGACAGUGGCUUUAUCCGUGUGCUGGCCAUGAGAUAACAUGCACUGACCUCAUCAAUGAUGCAUCAACAUCCUUUUGGUCACAUUUAUGCUCUCUCUUAGUCCCCCUGUAUUUCACUGCAGAGCUAGACUUGGUUGCAGUUGACGAAAAAAAUUGUAAAUUGACAAUAUAGCCUAUGGUUAUAAUAUAGGUCAGUCUCCAGGUUAUAGUACUGGAAGUUAUGUUAUUGGAAUUAAAAAAAAAAAUCCAAAAUUUGCAUUCAUGCCCUAGAAGUAGAAUCCAGUUUUUCAUCCACCUCCGAUAUCUCUGGUAUUCUGAAUAAAUUGUCCGACGGGGAAGAACCCAACAUAAUCUCUUAUUCUUUUCUUCAGUGAUUCAUAGUCUCUUGGCCUAUGGAGUCCACAUCAAUAUGGGUGGAGUGAAUGACUAUCCCUUUUCUCUCAAAUACUAUACCUUACAAUCUGAGGCUGUGAACCAAAAUAUAUUGCAGUUUAUGCAACUGAGGGGAAAAAAAACCCACAAAUGUUUGUGUGGAUUGCUAAUUGGUGAUUUAUUUAACUCUUUCAUAAUGAUGUUGGGGAGAUCGCUUUAUAUCAUGACAGUCCUAGCAAAUGACUGGAAAUAAAAAAAUAUUUUUUAAAAAGGGCUAAACAACUCCUUCAGCGGCAAUGCAGUGAUGUACUUAGAUUACUAGACAGGUUCCAGUGCUUGAAACAUAUCGUGCAAUCUGGCCUAUCUAGUUAAUAUACCCAUAGUGCAAGGCAUUAGCGUGUCUAGCUAAGCUUUUUUCUUCUGGUCUAUGAUACAUUUGUCACCUUAUGACCACUCCUGCUAAUUACCUGCACUUUUUAAGGGUUUCCCGUUAAAACAGGAAUUGUGGGGAAUUACAAACUUUAGUUGAGUAGGAGAAAUGUGUCUUCAGUUUGGUAUUUUGGCCUGAAAUCUUGAAAUUUCCUUUGUUAGCCACAAUUUCUGGUUUGAUGAAUUACCCUAUUUGCGAACGAACAAAAAAAAAAAAAAAGUACUGUAAUGACUGAUUUAGAAAAGCCUGUGAUUAGAUAAAAUGUGCAGGCUACAAAACCGGUCAAUUUAGAAAUUUGCACACAGAUUGUUGCUUUAAUAACAUGAAUGUUAUGUACUGAAUAUAUGUACAUUCUUAUUAAAAUCUUUAUGAAAUCAA